AACAACGAAACAAAACGCUAACACAAAAAAAAUAAAUUGUAAAGAAGCGAUAAACUUUUAAUAUUUCUACUCAAUGUUGAUUCAGCGUUACUUAAUCACGUCUGUGUGUAAACUUAAACAUUCCUAUUUGCGUAAACUGAACCAUAGAAACCUCGAAGUGCGUAAAAUGUCCUCUCGGACGAAGCAAAAACCUGUCGUUGCCGUUACCCAAAUGUGCACCACCAACGAUAAAGCAGCAAACAUGCGCCAAGUGGAGCAGUUGAUUGGAAUGGCCAAAGCUCAGUCGGCAGAAUUUAUAUUCUUACCGGAGUGCUGCGAUUUUGUGGGCGAAAAUCGAAAACAGACCUUAGAAUUAUCAGAGCCUUUGACUGGACCUACCAUGGAACAGUACCAGGCUUUAGCCAAAAAACACGAUGUCUGGCUCUCUUUGGGCGGCUUACACGAAUCAAUUCUAGAUCAAUACGAACGUAAAACUGAUAAAAUACAUAACGCUCAUGUGAUUCUUAACAAUCGCGGCGAAUUAGUUGCCGUGUAUCGUAAACUUCAUUUAUUCGACGUGGACACGCCGGAGUUUACAUUUCAAGAAUCCAAAGUGGUAUGCGGAGGUCAGCGUUUAAUAGCUCCCUUGGACACUCCUAUAGGAAAACUAGCUUUGCAAAUUUGCUAUGACAUGCGUUUUCCUGAAUCGAGCAUACUGUUGCGAAGGGCUGGGGCUGAGUUAUUAACGUAUCCUUCAGCAUUUACUUUUUAUACAGGUAAAGCUCAUUGGGAAAUAUUGCUUAGGAGUCGUGCUAUAGAAACGCAAUGUUUCGUCUUGGCCGCUGCGCAAGUGGGCCACCAUAAUGCUAAACGUAAAAGUUGGGGUCACGCUUUAAUAGUCGAUCCCUGGGGUAAAAUAUUGGCCAAUUUGGGAGAGAGGAAACUCGAUGUGGCCACAGUCGAAAUUGAUUUAGAUUCUCUAGAGCCUAUACGCUGUAGAAUGCCUUGUUUUAAGCAUCGUCGAGAUGACGUAUACAGUUUAGUUGCAUAUGGCGAAGGCACAACGGAACCUCAACAAGAUUAUAUGUUUGCAGAAAACUGCAUUAAAAAGCAGACAAUAUUCUUUGAGUCACCAUAUUCUUAUGCAUUUACUAAUAUUUGUUGUGUAGUAGAAGGCCAUGUGCUAGUAAGUACGAAGCGAAUUGUGGCACGAUUAAAAGAUCUAAAUUCAGUCGAAAUUAGCGAUUUAUUUACUGUAACUUGUCGCAUCCAACGCAUGCUAGAGAAUUUUUAUAAAACUUCUGCUUCCACAGUCAAUGUACAAGAUGGCCCGCUUGCGGGACAAACCGUACCUCAUGUACAUUUCCAUGUAAUGCCACGACGUGUCGGCGAUUUCGAACGUAAUGACGAUGUUUAUCGGAAGCUAGACGCCACAGCGGGCAAAAAAGUAGAACGCACUAUAGAGGAAAGAAUAAAAGAGGCGCAGUCCUAUCGAGAAGCUUUGCGUACUAUGAAACAAUAAAAAGUACAUAAACGAAUUUAGUCAAUAAGCUAAAAUUAGUUAAAAUAUAAAGUCCAAAAUAAAAGCUUUAAAUAAAGAUACAAGUGGACGCCAUUAAUUUGCGACUCUUGAAAACUUUUCAAACUAUGAUAAAA